CAGAGAACAGAUUUAACAUGCUGGUCUAAGGAGUCUCAUUCUGUAGAAAAAACAUAAAAAACAUUAUUUAGUAGGAGUAGAUACAAAUCUAUUAUUCAUGUACAUUAACAUUAAUUGAUGGCUAUAACUUCCAAUGCACUUAGCCCGUGGUUCAUAAACAUACUGACAUGGCAGUGAAUUGGACAGAGAAAACUAUCAGUGGUUUAAACAGAGACGCUUCACUUAUAAUUUUGAUAUACUACAUGAUCAUAUCGGGUGUCAUCAUUUUGAGCAACGCAUUAGUAUUUGUUGCAUUUAUUAAAAACAAAACAUUAAGGACAUUGACAAAUUAUUAUGUCAUCAACUUGGCUAUAUGUGACAUGACAGUCGGACUUUAUCAUAUCUAUUGUACAUAUAUGCAAUACUGGAUGAGUUAUGCGGAUCAUAAAAUCAGUUAUGACUGCAUUGCCUGCUGUGUUGCAGUUUUUCUAUCCGCGGGCACAUCUCUGUAUACUUUACUCAUUAUCACAGUUGAAAGAUACAUGAAAAUUCUACAUCCUUUGAACUAUAAUUUAUUCUGGAACAAAAAAACUGCUAUCAUAUCCUUGACGAUAAUUUGGAUAUCAAUGUCGAUCGCUAGCUCGUCGCUAAUUAUUUCAAACAGGUGGCAUUCUGGAAUACAUUGCAUGGUGUUUGAUGUUGCCACGAGACCUGUGUUCUAUGGGGUAUGUCUACCACUUAUUUUCAUGGCAAUAACAGUGAUUCUCGCACUUUACAGUAGGAUUUUCUGGAUUGCAAGACAGCAGAAAAAGGCGAUUGAAAGCACAAUGAUUCAAGAAUCACACCAUACAAGGAAAGAACAUAAGACAGCAAUCAUGAUGUUUUUACUGGUGGGUUGGUUGAUAAUCGCAUGGAUGCCAUUCACUGUUAUAUCAACAUAUAGGAUCAUUCAGGAAGACAUAACGCAAGAUUUUAAAUCUUUCCAAACUGGAGGUGUGUUUCUUCUAGAGAACAUUUGCCAUGGUUUCAUAUAUACUAAUAGCUUCAUAAAUGUAUUCAUAUAUGAUUGGAAGUGUCCUGAGUGGAGAAAGUCAUUUCGAGCUAUCUUUCGUUCUCUGUUAUGCUGGAAGAAUAACAGCAUAGUACCACAACAGGGUAAUAUUGUUCCAACAAAGACUUCAAAAUAUUAACUUCAAUGUUUUAAAAAUGCAUCAUGAGUAAUCAAUUGCUUUAUUAAAUUGGGACAAUAACAAUAGAAUGGUUUCUCUCAGUAAAUUAAGUGUAACUUCCAGUAACUCUCCAGAUCUACUAGCGUUAUCUUUAUUCUUCAUAAUUUUGGAAGUUAACAAUCCCAAAUCACAUUCAUUCACAGGAAAUGGCUUGUAUUAUGGAUGGUGUUACAGGGACAUUGACUUAUCAUAGCAUGUUAUUUAGAGUAGUAUGUUCAAAAAUAGAUUUUUCAGAAAAUUGACCUUCAGUACAGAUAAAACCUUAAUUGUUUUCGUUUGUUAGUGAAACUAGUCUAAAUAUAUAUUCAACUGUAAUAAAAGAUAAAGGCCUCCUCACGAAUGAAGGAAUCCACUAAACGCACUCUUGCGAAUUGGAUAAAUUGUCAAUUUUGGUGAACCAAAAUGCAUUGUUUGGCAUGCUUCUGAAGCCGUCAGAAACUUUCCGAAAGGGUUCUUCGCCAAAUGAACAUCCCAAUGUUCGUAUAAUAAUAGGACAAAUUAGUACUCAAGUCCUAUUCACCAAUACACAGAAGUUGAUGUCAGGGGGUUUCAUUCAUAUGUGAGGAAGCCUAAGACAGAUCUGAAUGAUGAGAAUUUUUUCAAAUUUUGAAAAGAAAACCGCUCAAUUUUCUAGUUGUACACAUCUUCUAAAAAAAUGAACACUCAAUUAGUAAUAUGGGUACACUAAAGCACUUUCUAUUAAAACAUGAAAGACUUAGACUGUGUUUGAAAUGAAUUAUGUUCAUCCAAAAAGGCACAUGGUCAUCAAAAUGGUAUAAAGUGCAGUCUGAAUUAAUAUUGCACCAAUUAAAACUAAUUCUGUAUUGUAUGUCAUACGUUUUAUUCAUUUCUACUAGAAUAUCCACAAUAUCAGCAGGAAGCAUGUUUUUCGAAAUUGAUAUUUGUUUGAAAAUUAGUUAUUAUGAAUUGUCAUACAAAGGUCUUUUAUUUAUCAAUUCUACAAGUCACUCUAUACAAAUUUCUGAGUGGAGAAAUUUAUUUCUUGUUUUUUUUGUAAUUAUAAAUGCAGCAUUUUUGGAUUUAGAGAUUUUUUGAUGUACAUCAUAGAGGUGUGGGGUGAUCCCUGGUAUGAUAACUAAAUCAUUCAUCUGAAAUGUUUGUGUAAAUGCUUAGUUUUUCUUCAAACUGAAAAUAUUUGUCUAUGAAUUGGCAGAAUGUGAAUCUACAUAUGUACUUCUGUACAUAUGCUGCAUUCAUUUACGAUGUGAGCAAAUACUUUGCAACCAGGCCUGCCAAUAAAGCUAACACAGAGUGAACUACCAGUGAGCCUGCAUCUCCAACAUGCCAUGGAUUCACAUGGUCCCAAACUGCAUAUAGCCGUAUUGGCGCUCCAGUACCAUUUUCUAUCUUUAUUGGCAUAGCGUAUAUCUCACUUCCAGUUGCUGGGAUUCUUUCAACAUUUGCAGCAUUUUCAACACACCAUUUCCCAGCAUCACAUAACACUUGAUGAGCUGGGAAAUCAGUUGUUUGUCCAAUAUCACAACUGACAGCAUCGGACACAAAUCCUUUAACAUUUCUGUUAUCAAUUGCCCAUUUGACAGCAGGUGCUCCAAAUCCAGGGUUAUGCAGCUCUGUAAAGUUAUGUCCCCCAAUAAAUGCACUGUAAUUUCCCCAAUAAUUUCCCCAGCCAGAGUUCAUCACAAGGACAGCGCCAUGUGGGAUUGGUUGAUUAUGUUGUGUCUCCCAGGCUUGCAGGUCUUCCACAGUUAUAGCAUAAUCCCGGUUAUCAACAGUCUUGUUCCUGAUGUCAAUAACAACAGCGGCCCCAUGUAGAUCAGCAAAAGGAAUUUCAUGCAGUUUCCUCCCAUUUUUCACAAAGUGAUAUGGAGAGUCAAUGUGUGUCCCAGUGUGUUCA